AUGGUCUUCACCCUAAGAGCCCAUGCAGUUGCUCGCCGCACCAGCUCUGUCUGGGCCAAUGCCUUGCGCAUUCCACGAAAUUAUUCCACAGCUUCGAGUUCAGAUGGUACGCUUCCUUUGAUCGGUGUUCGUGUACUUGACAUGACGCGAGUUCUUGCGGGCCCCUACUGCACUCAAAUCCUGGGUGAUCUUGGAGCAGAUGUGAUCAAAGUCGAACAUCCCGUACGAGGAGAUGAUACACGAGCCUGGGGACCGCCAUAUGCGCAAUAUGAAGAUCCCUCAAGGACGGGACCUGGAGAGAGUGCUUACUACCUUGCCGUAAACCGCAACAAAAAGUCACUCGGGCUCUCAUUUCAACACAAAUCCGGCGUCGAGAUUCUACAUAAACUUGUCAAGGAGACCGAUGUUUUGGUCGAAAAUUACCUUCCAGGAGCUCUAAAGAAAUAUGGAAUGGACUAUGAGACGUUGCGAGAAAUUAAUCCCAAGCUCAUAUAUGCUAGUAUCACCGGCUACGGCCAAACAGGACCGUACAGUAAUCGAGCUGGCUAUGAUGUGAUGGUAGAAGCUGAGAUGGGAUUGAUGCAUAUUACCGGGUCGCGAGAUGGUACACCAGUGAAAGUUGGCGUGGCAGUCACGGACUUGACAACUGGUCUGUAUACUUCUAAUGCAAUUAUGGCAGCUUUACUUGCGCGAAUCCGCACCGGCAGGGGUCAGCAUAUUGAUGCCUGCUUGAGUGAUUGCCAAGUUGCUACACUGAGUAAUUUGGCCAGUUCGGCACUUAUUAGUGGCCAGAAGGACUCUGGGCGUUGGGGUACCGCACAUCCGUCUAUCGUGCCAUACCGAAGCUAUAAGACUUUUGAUGGAGACAUUCUUUUUGGAGGUGGAAAUGAUCGGUUAUUUGGUGUUCUUUGUGAUCGACUUGGGUUCUCUGAGUGGAAAACCGAUGUUCGCUUUAUUACAAACAGUGAUCGUGUUAAACACCGGGCUGUUAUCGAUGAGCUUAUUGAAAAUGUCACCCAACAGAAAACUACACAGGAAUGGCUAGAGAUCUUCGAGGGAAGCGGUAUGCCCUAUGCGGCUGUAAAUGAUAUUCAAGACACGCUGACCCAUGAACAUGUUCUUGCACGGAGCAUGGUCACGGAAGUUGAACAUUCUGCUUGUGGACCUAUCAAGCUGGUCAACACACCCAUUAAAUAUUCGGAGGCAACGCCUGGUGUACGCUCUCCUCCUCCCACACUUGGACAACAUACCGACGAGAUAUUGGGCAGUCUUUUGAAAUAUGAAGAGGCUGAUAUUGCUCGGCUUAAAGAAGAGGGUGUCGUGUCAUGA